AUUGCCACGGCCUGACGGUGAGAGUAUAAAAGAUAACACACGGUCCGGUGUCUCUUCACCUUCACUUGUGAUACCAUGUCCUUCUCUGGAAAAUUUCAGCUGGAGUCUCAGGAGAACUUUGAGCCUUUUAUGAAGGCCAUUGGUGUCCCUGAUGAGCUCAUCCAGAAAGGCAAAGACCUCAAGAGCGUCUCUGAGAUCGAGGAGAACGGCGGCGUCUUUAAAGUGACUGUCACUACAGGCUCCAAUGUCCUUGUCAACUCUUUUACCAUCGGACAGGAGGCCGAGUUGAAUACCAUCACUGGGGAGAAGGUCAAGGCGGUGGUUCAGCGUGAAGGCAACAAGCUGAAAGUUUCCUUGAAGGGAAUUGUCUCAGUCACGGAAUUGGUGGAUGCAAACACACUUGUCAAUACCAUGACACUCGGUGACGUUGUGUACAAGAGGACGAACAAACGUAUAUAAGUCUGCACAUGGCAUAAUAAAAGUGUAAAGGCAAA